AUGCCCACGUGGCCCUUAACAUAUUGUAUCCCAACGUUCAAUGCUAGACCAUGGCACGAAAAGGGCCUACAUAACUUAACCCACUUCUACACGGGAACUAAGCUAACAGAUUUCGCUGCACUGCGCUCAGUUCAUGGGAUCCCACAGGCCUCCCACUUCUCUUAUAGACAACUCCAAUCCUUCCUACGCAAAUACGAACCCCAUGACCCCACAACACACGAAGUAGGGAUACAGAACCCCACACUGUGGGAACAGAUAUGCCUGGACAAGUGCCUGCCUAAAUCAUGCAGGCCGCACUCCAUGUGUUACAAACUACUCUUAGAAUACUCCCCACUCCCUGACACCACACCUGUGAAACAGUGGUCACUAGACCUCAAAGAAGGGAUCUCCCAACAAACAUGGAAUGACAUCAUUAUCUCUCCAAAAAAACUGGUUAAAUCAGCCACUCUCCUUGAGCAACAUACGAAAAUGAUAUAUAGAUGGCACUUAGUGCCCGCGAGGCUGCACAAACUUUACCAAACUAGCUCCCCACAAUGCUGGAGAUGUGCAUCUCAUGUCGGUAUUGUACUGCACACAUAGUGGCAAUGUCCGCUGAUUCAACCGUUCUGGGAAGAUAUACGCAAAAUACUGUUAGAAAUUACACACGUAGAACUAAAAUACGACCCACGCACAUGCUUGCUGCUCUCGCCCCCCUCAGAAACACCUCCACACAUUCGAAAAAUCGCAUAUCACCUGCUGCUUACAGCACAACGGGUGAUAGUGAGAAAUUGGAAAUCUAGCCUAACCCCAGCAAUAGAGAUAGUUCUCUCAGAACUAGACAACCAAAGAAUAUAUGAACAACGUUUCACCAACAUAUGCCCCCCUACCGUAACAAAUAAGGCGGCCUGGGAAGCCUGGGAGACAUGGAGACAGACACACCGCAAAUAG